UUAGUCCUGUGAUGAUGUGUUUGCACGCAGACGUUAAGCUGAUUCACGGUUAUUGUAGAAUAUAAUUAAUGAUAAGUAGAUAAGCGACAGAUAAGAGGAAUGCGAGGAACCGUCUGUCGACUCGGUGGACUUUGGAUUCCCUCGUACGCUCUUAUAUGCAUUCGUAUCGUACCUUUACGCUCGUUGCUAUGAACAGAAGAGGCAGUACAUGUACAAAACUAUAUACGUACGUACAUACGUACAACGGAAAGAUAUAUACGCCUACGUCGACUCCGAUUGGCUGUAUCUUGUAUCUGAAGCUAGAACCCAAUAAGUGAAACUAAAACCAUCCGAGCUAUAUAUGAACUAUAUACAUGCACGCGUGUGUAUCAGACGAGUUCAGAGACACUGCUUCCAACCGAGAAUUCAUGUCAGUUUACUUUGAGAAUCGAAUAGCGCCUGACCUUGUCGACAAACUACAAACAAUUAUUAGUAGAAAAAGAAGAAGAAGAAGAUCAGGUGAACGUAACAAGCUCGAUCGUAUUUGAAAAUGGGAACCGGGACCGAGGUGAUUCGAUUACCAGAAAUCAAAGUGUUCCAUCGGGUGUACUCGGAGGUACCGAUGAUCGAGACGGCGAUAUCGCGUUCGUUCACCACAUAUUCCCGUAUCAAAGACCGGCACCAACUUUUAAACUGGGCGCUGACAACCGCAGAAACGUCGCUGACCAGCGCUGGGGUAAUGGCAGUAGUGCCCAUUGCCAAGAAACUGGAGAAUCCUAUACAAUUCAUCGACCACACGCUGUGCCUCGGGUUGGACAAGAUAGAGGAAAAAGUUCCGAUGGUCAGAGAGAAACCCGAACAGAUUUUGGAGAACGCCUGCGCCAUAGCUAAGAGAACGAUGCAACCUGCGGUCUCGACUAUCUCUCUGGCCAACGAGUUAAUAAUAUCGAAUGCAUUGAGCCUCGGAGCUAAGAGUUGGAGCAAGGCUAAUCAACUUUUAGAGACGCAGUACGGCAAUGCGGCUAUUCGAGGAUUCGACAGCACGGCCGACGUCGUGGAUAAGAUAAUCGACAAGUAUUUCCCUGCGACGGGAGACGAAGAGUCUAUAGUGAUAAACACGGAAGACAAACUUCUCCACACUCUUCAAACGUUGGGUCGUUUAUCCAAUAAAGCAGCUCGCCGGGUUUAUUCUCACGUCACAAUUCACUUGGAGACCAUAAAGCCGGAUAAUUUGAAGUCUUACGUCAAUUACGUCGUGCAGUUUCUCCAAUUAACUAGCCGUCACACGGACGUUAAGGCGAACGAUACCGAAUAAUUAAUAAAACGAUCGCUCGCGUUUCUUUCUAUCGUUCCAAUGAAUUAUUAAUAAAUUACAAGCUGGACACGACAUUACGUUACACUUUCUUACAUAAUGUGAAAUCGAUACUUUAUAAUUAAUUAUGGAAUCGAUAUUUUCUAUACGAUAUUUGUACGUUAUCCAUUUUAUAUAACUCGCAUAGUACUAAUAAAUAUUCCACUUUCUCGUACACUUUUAUGCCCGUUUACAGUAGAAUAGACAAUUGCCAGACAAUAUUACAGAUUACAGUACGUGCAACCGUAAACCGUUUGUAAAAAUCGGUGAAUUAUGGUCAAUAAAUUUGUGAAAAACUGUUUUAAUUUA